AUGGAUGUAGAAGAGUUUCGCGUACGUGGUAAAGAAAUGGUGGAUUAUAUCUGCACUUAUAUGACGACGAUACGUUCACGCCGUGUUACACCGUCUGUUGAGCCAGGGUACCUACGCGCUGCUUUGCCAUCAGAGGCGCCCGAGUAUCCAGAGUCCUGGGAUGAUGUUAUGUGCGACGUCGAGAAUAAGAUAAUGCCAGGAGUAACACAUUGGCAGCAUCCACGUUUCCAUGCAUAUUUUCCAUCUGGAAACGCAUAUCCAUCAAUCCUCGGUGAUAUGCUGUCUGCAGGAAUAGGAUGCAUCGGUUUUUCAUGGGCCGCGAGUCCUGCCUGCACGGAACUAGAAAUCAUUAUUCUUGAUUGGCUGGGGAAAGCAAUUGGUUUGCCUCCAGCCUUCUUAGCUCUUGAAGAAGGAAGCAAAGGCGGCGGUGUUAUUGAAGGUUCAGCAAGCGAAUGCGUACUCGUGUCGAUGCUCGCUGCGAGAGCUAAUGGUAUCAAAAGACUCAAACACCAGUUCCCUACAGUGGACGAAGGUCUUCUUCUGACUAAACUGAUUGCAUACUGUUCCAAAGAAGCGCAUUCUUGUGUUGAAAAGGCAGCCAUGAUCAGUUUCGUCAAAAUGCGUAUCUUACAACCCGAUGAAAAUGGUUCACUUAGAGGAGAAACAUUAAAACAAGCUAUGGAAGAAGAUGAAGAAGCAGGUCUCGUUCCAUUUUUCGUAGCUACUACUUUAGGAACGACUGCGUGCUGUUCUUUUGACAAUUUGACUGAAAUAGGGCCCGUAGUACGUAAAUUCCCAUGCGUAUGGCUGCAUGUAGACGCGGCGUAUGCUGGAAGUGCAUUUCUCUGCCCUGAACACAAGUAUCACCUAGCUGGAGUCGAAUACGCUGAUUCUUUUAAUACUAAUCCAAAUAAAUUGAUGUUGACGAACUUCGACUGUUCUCUGCUGUGGGUCACCAAUCGAUAUCUGCUAACAUCUGCCUUGGUAGUGGAUCCACUGUACCUUCAACAUUGCUACGAUCACACUGCAAUUGACUAUCGACACUGGGGCGUACCAUUAAGCCGACGCUUCCGAUCCCUAAAGCUGUGGUUUAUGCUGAGAAGUUAUGGAAUUACCGGUUUGCAGAAGUAUGUAAGGCGACACUGCGAACUGGCUAAGUACUUUGAGCAGCUUGUUAAAAAAGAUGAGAGAUUUGAAAUCUGCAACCAAGUAAAGUUGGGAUUAGUCUGCUUCCGCCUCUUGGGUGGUCCUGAAGAGACUCCAGAACAAGUCGAUGAACUAAACAAGAAAUUGUUGACCAAUAUCAACGCCUCAGGCAAAAUGCACAUGGUGCCGGCGUCGGUUCGCGACCGCUACGUCAUCCGAUUUUGCGUGGUUUACCAGCAUGCAUCACGUGAAGACAUAGAAAUAGCAUGGGAUAUAAUAACUGAAUUUGCUACGGAACUGUUGGAGGGUCCUGAUAAGGAAAGGGAUUUGAACGAAGAAAGGGCUAAACGCAACCGUGCUGCGUUAGCCCAUAAACGUUCCUUCUUCGUGCGUAUGGUCAGUGACCCUAAAAUCUAUAACCCGGCGAUCAACAAGACCCCACCGCCAGUGCCCACAACUCCAGGCUCUCCGCCAGCCGCCGCUGCUCCUGACUCACCAGACACUCCUUCAGAAGCUGGUGUUGUACUACCUGCUACUCCGAAACAAUCAUGGAUAAGCUGGCCUCUUGCAUUUUUCUUCCAAAGCGUCGACAAUGAAAAUAACGACCUGCCAUUGAGAUUUCGACAUUUAGAUACGAUGGUACGUUUGAAAAGCCCGGGCCCUGCAGGGCGGCGGGGCUCCUCGCCUUGCCCGUCUCCUGAACGCCGAGCAGCUUCACCCUCCACGCAUUGA